CUACACAUGAUUGAUGGCUGGACUGGGAUUUCUCCGCCCAAACGUCUUCCCUCCUCCCUCUGUCUACCUUCCUCCCCCUCUUUCCCUCCUCCUCCCUUCCCCCCUCCCUCUUGUCUCUUCACCCCCUCCCCCAGUCUCCCGGCGGCGGCCUAGCUCUCUUCCUUCCACUCCACUUCAGAAACACCAAGCGACUUUUCUUCUUUCCCACGCCAACACAGACACACAAAAACAGAACACAGACAGCCCGCGAGUAACUUCUUCUCGAAGUCACAACGAUUACAUUUUUCUCAGUUUUAACGAUAAUGGACGACGAAAUAAGCAAGAAAGUAGGGCUGGUGAGCUGACUUCGCUUCGGAUGGAUUUUACUCGGGGGGAAACAGGAUAAAGUUUUAUGUGCGUGCGUGUUUCAGCGAACUUCGACGCACAACUUUUCAUUGUUGUCGUUUUCCCUUUCAGUUGGAGGAGAUACCUAGCUAUAUAUAUAUAUUUUUACACCCGUAUGCAAAUAUUCAUGGAUUUAACUUUUUGGUUUCGUCGGUGUGUUUUGUAACUUGUUUUUCUAUCCCAGAAGACGCAACAAGGAACGAGGGGGGCAAGUCAAGAAAUCAGCUACCCAAAUAGCUACUGUAGUUAGCUUAGCUACUGUAGCUAACAAAAAUGAACAGUCGUUGAAUGCUUAUUUUUGCGGGGUUUGCGAUAAAUAUUCUCUUGUUUAUGGGUUAUAUUGUUACUACCACUGAAAAGCGUGGAAAUAUAAAUAAUACCGUGUGUUAGCUAGGUAGCUAAGUGUUUUGAGAGAGGGUUUUUGGAACUGGAUAUUUAGCUAGCUAAAACAGGACUUCCACAGCAAGACCACACUGUUUCGAAAUCCAAGAUGCCGCAGCUGGACGGGGGAGGAGGCGAUGAUUUGGGGGCAAACGAUGAGUUAAUUUCGUUUAAAGACGAGGGGGAACAUGAGGAAAAAACAGCCGAGAAUGUGUCCUCUGAGCGGGACCUGGACGACGUCAAGUCCUCGCUGGUUAACGAGACGGAGAACAACAGCAGUUCGUCUGACUCCGAGCAGGCAGGCAGUCACAGACGUCCCCAGCAGCACAGACCAGAUUGGGAGAGCUAUGUCAGGCAGAGAGAGUUCUUUGCAGAAGCUCUGAGACAGCAACACGACAGUGGGUUGUUCAAGGCAUCUCCAUAUGCUGGCUAUCCCUUACUGAUGAUCCCUGACCUGGGUAACCUAGCUAACCUGAGUCACCUGGGGAACCUUGGCAACCCCUACCUCUCUCCCGGAGCCCUCUCACCCGGCGCCAGGACGUAUCUACAGAUGAAGUGGCCCAUGCUGGAUGUUCCUGGAACCUCUGCUUUAAAAGACCCUCGCUCCACCUCCCCCGCUCACAUGUCCAAUAAGGUACCAGUGGUGCAGCACGGUCACCUGCCCCCCUUCUCUCCCCUCCUGUCCUACAGUCCAGACCCCUUCCCCCCGCGGACACCCCCUCCUCACCUCUCACCUGACACAGGUCUUCCCCGCACUCCCCACCCAGCAGAGCUCUCCCCCUACUACCCUCUCUCUCCUGGAGGCAUGGGACACAUGACACAUCCUUUGGGCUGGCUGCCGGGCCAGUCUAUGUACGGUAUUCCAGCGGGGGGAUUUAGACCAUCCUACCCUGCAGCUCUCGCCAUGAACUCUUCUAUGUCCAGCUUGGUGGCCAGUCGCUUCUCGCCCCACAUGGUCCCGUCCCUGCAGACGUCUGUCCCUCACCCUGCCAUCGUUUCCACGGCGAUCAAACAGGAACCAAGAGACGGCAACCGCCACGGGUGUGGCGUAUCCAUGGGGGACAGAGAGAAAGAGGAGGAGAAGAAGCCCCAUGUGAAAAAGCCCCUGAAUGCCUUUAUGCUGUACAUGAAGGAGCAGAGACCCAAGGUGGUGGCAGAGUGCACGCUGAAGGAGAGCGCUGCCAUCAACCAGAUACUGGGACGCAGGUGGCACUCUCUAUCUCGUGAGGAGCAGUCAAAAUACUACGAUAUGGCCCGUAAAGAGAGACAGCUACACUCCCAACUCUACCCUGGAUGGUCAGCUAGAGACAACUACGGGAAGAGAAAGAAGAGGAAGAGAGAUGGCAGGCCAGAGACUGCUCCAGAUGGACAAAUAACACACACCCAGUCUGCUGCUCCAGAGGAGCACUUCUCUCCACAGCCCAAGAAGUCAUGUGUGUCGUAUGGAACUCAGGAGAGGCCCAGUGUUUCUCACACACACCUGACACACACACACCUGUCCCAGGCUAGUCCCGCCUCCUCCCUGGACUCUCCAGCCACGCCCACCACUGCUCUGGCCUCUCCUGCCGCUCCCGCACCCACACACACUGAACACACACACUCUCACUCUGAGCACACACAUCCUGAGCAGGUCCAGCCCCUCUCCCUCACCACCAAACCCCCUCGCCCACACUCGCACAGGGAGACACACGGUCAGACUUACACCCACAUCCAGUCUCACACACACCCACACUUGUUCACUCACACACACCUGCCCCUCACCACUAAGACCACUUCAUCUCAAUCCUCUUCCUCUCAUCCCCCCUUUUCUCCCCACACGAGCUCAUCCAGUAACCAGACUCCGCCGCUCCUUACUGGACCAAUCCCCUUCACCUCUGGCUUAGCUCCUACCACCUCCAUCCACCAAUCGACGAUGAGCUCCCAUCAUGCCAUGCUCCAGUCCCAGCCUCUCUCCCUCGUCACCAGAAAUAAUCAUUGAAACCCAAAGAUGCUAACCACAGAUCUAGGAUACAAUUUUGCUAUGCCCAGUCCUAACCUUAAGCAUUACACUAACCCUAACCACUGAUCUGGGAUCAGAUUUUACCAAAUCGUAAGCAUUACACUACCCCCAGAUCCUUUAUGCACAGUCUAUCCAUAUUCAUGGGUCGGAUGAAAAACUAUCUGACCCUGUAUCAGUGGAUAGGAGGGUACUCUAGUCUGGGCAGGGGUGAACAACUCCUUGAGGGUUUUAGCUCCAGAGCAGCAAUACACCCAAUUUGAAUAGUGGUUUAAAUGAAGAUCAUGAUUAGUUGGUUAGUUGAAUCAUGUGCUGGGCUGGGAAAAAGCCUGCAAUAACCAAUAACCUGUUGCCUUCGAAUUAGGAUCAACUUUUUCCUACACUUUGUUUUUGUUUUUUUGUCUGUUUGUAAAUAAACUUUUUUUUUUUUAAACCUUUUCUAGAUAGUAGAUCUGGUUUUAUAUUAGUAUGAAAAGAAAACAAUUAUUGGUCAAUAUUUGACCACCUCUUUUUAACCAAGCAUAUUUUUAGUCAAAUGGAAUUGUAGAAUAUUGCCUUUUUUUGAUGAAUUUGUCCAAUUUGUUACUUGUAUGAAAUACAAAAAUGUAAAGGCACAUUUUUUUUUAAAGAAAAAUAGAUCAAAGUAAUAAUUUCUGUCUUUGGUAGUAAUGAGUGCAGAUCUGUUUCUCCCCCCUACUCUUAUAAAUCCCCCCUCCUGUAUGACUGAGUCUUUGUUGAUAAUAAACAUCUACUUAUUUCUGAAA